AUGAAUCCCGCUCUCAAGUACAAGGUCGCCGAUCUCUCCCUCGCAGCCUUUGGGCGGCGCGAAAUCGAGCUCGCUGAGGUCGAAAUGCCCGGCCUGAUGGGUAUUCGCAAGAAAUUCGCGGGUGACCAGCCCCUUAAAGGCGCACGCAUAGCCGGAUGCCUACACAUGACGAUCCAGACGGCUGUGCUCAUUGAAACUUUGCGUGUUCUGGGGGCCGAGCUCACCUGGUCCAGCUGCAACAUCUUCUCCACGCAAGACCACGCAGCAGCCGCCAUCGCGGCAUCCGGCAUCCCCGUCUUCGCCUGGAAGGGCGAAACGGAAGAGGAAUACGAGUGGUGCUUGGAGCAACAGCUGCAGGCUUUCCCGUCUGGCCAGCCAUUGAACCUCAUUCUUGAUGAUGGUGGCGACCUCACGGCCCUGGUACACCGGAAGCAUGCGUAUUUGUUGGAGGGGUGCUACGGUCUCUCGGAGGAGACAACAACAGGCGUGCACAAGCUGUACCAGAUGCUCAAGAAUAACACACUAAAGGUGCCUGCAAUCAAUGUGAAUGACAGUGUGACCAAGUCCAAGUUCGACAAUCUGUACGGAUGCCGCGAGUCCCUGGUGGAUGCGAUCAAGCGAGCUACGGACGUCAUGAUUGCUGGAAAGAUCGCCGUGGUCGCAGGCUACGGUGACGUUGGUAAGGGCUGCGCACAGGCGCUGCAGUCGCUGGGGGCGCGCGUCCUUGUUACUGAGGUCGACCCGAUCAACGCGCUUCAGGCCGCGAUCUUCGUGACGGCAACGGGUUGUCGGGACAUCAUCUGCGGGAAGCACUUUGCGGUGAUGCCGCACGACGCGAUUGUGUGCAACAUCGGACACUUUGACAUCGAGAUCGAUGUGGCGUGGUUGAAGGCGAACGCCUUGAGCGUGCAGAGCGUCAAGCCGCAGGUAGAUCGAUUUCUGCUUCCGAAUGGACGCCAUGUCAUCUUACUGGCCGAGGGGCGGUUGGUGAAUCUAGGAUGUGCCACGGGCCACUCGUCAUUUGUCAUGUCGUGCUCCUUCACCAACCAGGUGCUGGCUCAAAUCAUGCUGUACAAAGCCGAGGACGAGGAUUUUGGCCGGAAGUAUGUUGAGUUCGGCUUGGCCGGAAAAAAGGCAGUGGGUGUGUAUGUGCUGCCCAAGAUUCUUGAUGAGCAAGUAGCAUUCUUGCAUCUGAAGCACUGCAACGCCACCUUGACGAACUUGACAAAAGCCCAGGCGGAAUAUCUGGAUAUCAAGACCACUGGACCCUACAAGAGUGACCAGUAG